AUGGGAGGAUACAACAAGAAAGUAGAUGUUUACAUGCCACAGAGCCAGAUUUCACCAGACACUAACGCUGGAGAUGUCUGCUGUAACUUCUCUUCUUUGUUUCUGAUUCUGACAGAAUUCCAGACAAACCUGGUACCCUACCCCGGUAUCCACUUCCCUCUGGCAACGUAUGCCCCCAUCAUCUCUGCUGAGAAAGUCUACCACGAACAGCUUUCUGUGGCAGAGAUCACCAAUGCUUGCUUUGAGCCGGCCAACCAGAUGGUGAAGUGUGACCCUCUCCAUGGUAAAUACAUGGCUUGCUGCCUAUUGUACCGUGGCGUUGUGGUUCCCAAAGACGUCAGUGCUGCCAUUGCCACAAUUAAGACCAAGAGCAGCAUCCAGUUUGUGGACUAGUGCCCUACUGGUUUCAAAGUGGGCAUCAACUACCAGCCUCCCACGGUGGUCCCUAGGGGAGACCUGGCCAAGGUGCAGCGGGCCGUGUGCAUGCUAAGCAACUCCACAACCAUCGCUGAUGCCUGGGCCCGCCUGCACCACAAGUUUGACCUGAUGUAAGCUAAGCGGGCCUUUGUCCACUGGUACAUAAGAGAGGGCAUGGAGGAAGGGGAGUUUUCUGAGGCCAGAGAGGACAUGGUUGUCCCGGAGAAGGAUUAUGAGGAGGUGGGUGUGGAUUCUGUGGAAGGCGAGGGUGAGGAAGAAGGAGAGGAAUAUUAAA